AAAUGAGCAACCCAGAAGUGAUAACACUCAAUGUGGGAGGCAUGAAUUUCACCACCACCCCUUCAACCCUUCUGAGAUUUCCAGAGUCAAAAUUUGCACAGAUGCUGGAUGGCAGCGAUCGGGACUUUAGGAUAGUAAGUGGCCAAUAUUUUGUGGACCGGGAUGGAACACUAUUUAGCUACAUUUUGGAUUACCUCAGGACAUCCCAGCUAACUUUGCCUUCAGACUUCUCAGAUUAUGAGAGACUUCAGAGGGAAGCGGAGUUCUACCAGAUCCCAUCCUUGGCUGAACAGUUGGGUCAGGAGAGCAUCUAUCGGCCCAGAAUGGAAAUCUUAGAAGUGCGCUUUUUGCUUCAGGAAACUCAUGCCUUUUUCCGCAUCUUCUGCUCAUGUAGCAGCACUGUUGAAGCUCUCGCUGAUCGCAUUGUAAUGUACAUAGAGCAACCAGUGGGAGUUCAAGGCUGGAACUUUCCAUAUGCCACACAAAAACCAUUGGCUCCGAUACCUCUACAAAGACCGUCACAUCAUGACCUAGUGUUUCAAUGUGGAACAGACUACUCAACAGGAGACCAAUUUGGAGCCAGGUACGUCUCCAUAAAACCAGAUCAGAGGAAACUACUAAAUGGAACCAACGUGCUUGGACUACUGCUGGACAUCUUGCUCAAGGAAGGCUUCAGUCUGGUGAGCACCAGAGCAGUGUCAGCAGAGGAGAAAGUAGAGUGCUACACAUUUGAGAGGAAGAAAAGGCCAGAAGUCCUAACCAUCACAGAGAACCCCAAGCCAGAAAAAAAUGUUACAAUCCAAAUGAAACCGGUUAAAUCAAACAAAAAAAGAUGAAAACUAUCCAGCAACU